GGCAAGACGAGCAGCUCAUUUUGGAGGAGGAAGGUCAGGGGUUGUGCUGUGUAGCGUUCAGCGUAUAUUGCCACACAGCUGGUGCGCAUAAAUGCAAGAUCAAGCUUAGCGGCGUGCUAAACAUUGCAUUGGAUUUGGCAGCUGGAGCGCUGUGCAUUGCGUGGGGGUACUUAGUGGUGCUUUUGACGACGCGAUGCGCUGCUGUGAUUGCACGGAAGGAUCCCAAGUGGUAUGUUGUGGGUUGGUUAGGAGGAUUUGAGUGGCCGAUAUUUGUUGGAGUGGAUGAAUUCGCAUACGACAAAAUGGGCUGCUAA